UGUGCGCUUGCAUGAUCGCGUGCAGACGCGAUAACAACGCCAUUGCUUUUGCUUUUGUUUCUUAUCCAAGUUGAAAUAGUAGUCAAUUUUUUUGAUACGCCGGAUUUACUACAGACAGGUUGUUUGCUUUGUUUUCUGGGCGUUGGUUAUAUAAUAGACUACUUUUCCAUCCUCAACUUCAUAUUAACAACACCCUUCUGCUAGAAACCUAGAUAUUAUAUUUCUAAAAAUGUUGAGAAUUGGUUUUGGAGUGGUUAAAAGAAACCUUAUCUCACUUCGACAACGUACGUAUUCUUCAGCGGUACCUCAACCAAUUACAUCACCAGAAAUAAAUCUUACAGGGAUUUUCAUCAACAAUAAUUGGGAACACUCAGCAUCAGGCAAAACAUUUCCUACCAUCAAUCCUGCCACUGGAGAAGUAAUAGCAAAUGUGCAGCAGGGACAGAAGGCAGAUAUUGAUAGAGCAGUUGAGGCAGCCAACAAGGCAUUCAGACUGAACUCGCCAUGGCGGACAAUGGAUGCCUCGGAACGCGGCAGACUCAUCUACCGGCUGGCCGAUCUCAGAAGGGAUGCCACCUACCUGGCUAGCCUGGAGACGCUGGACAACGGCAAGCCGUACGCGCAGUCUUACGCGGUGGACGUGAACCUGAGCGUGAAGGCGCUGCGUUACUACGCGGGAUGGGCCGACAAGAACAACGGCAAGGUGGUGCCUAUGGACGGCGCUUUCUUCGCCUACACGCGUCACGAGCCAGUCGGCGUCUGCGGCCAGAUCAUCCCCUGGAACUUCCCCAUCCUCAUGAUGGCCUGGAAGCUGGCGCCUUGUCUUGCCACCGGAAACACGUUGGUGCUGAAGCCAGCAGAACAAACGCCGUUGACUGCGCUGUACAUCGCACAGCUCACCCAGGAGGCCGGCUUCCCUGACGGCGUCGUCAACGUCGUCCCCGGAUAUGGAGACGCUGGCGAGGCACUCACUCUGCAUCACCAUGUCGACAAAGUGGCCUUCACUGGAUCAACUGAGGUUGGAAAGAAAAUCAAACAGGGUGCCGGAGCCUCAAACUUGAAAAGAGUCACCCUUGAAUUAGGAGGAAAAUCUCCCAACAUUAUUCUAGAAGAUUCCGAUCUCGACUUUGCUGUUGAAGGAGCCCAUUCCGCUCUGUUCUUCAACAUGGGCCAGUGCUGUUGUGCUGGUUCGCGAACAUUCGUCCAGGAAUCAAUUUACGACGAGUUUGUCGCUCGCAGUGCGGCCAGAGCCAAGAAGAGGGUCGUUGGCAAUCCUUUCGAUAUGAAUGUCGAACAAGGUCCACAGGUUGAUGAAGAACAAAUGAACAAGAUUCUUGACCUGAUUGAAAGCGGUAAAAAGGAGGGAGCCAAGGUUGUCAGUGGCGGAAAUAAAGUGAACUCAAAAGGGUAUUUCAUCGAGCCCACUGUAUUCGCUGAUGUCACCGAUAACAUGAGGAUUGCUCGGGAAGAGAUAUUCGGUCCGGUUCAACAAAUAUUGAAGUUCAAAACCCUGGACGAAGUGAUUGAGCGCGCCAACGAUUCUAUGUAUGGAUUAGCAGCUGCCGUCUAUACAAAUAACAUAGAUAAUGCAAACACUAUUGUACAGGGCGUCAGAGCUGGAACUGUUUGGGUGAACUGUUACAAUGUUAUUGAAGCUCAAGGUCCAUUCGGCGGCUUCAAGAUGUCUGGAAAUGGCAGAGAACUGGCUGAGUAUGGCCUGCAAGCUUACACUGAAGUCAAAACUGUGAUAACCAAAGUGCCCACAAAAAAUAGCUAGAUAUAAUUAACGGCAACGAGAUUAAAAUAAACAAGUAAACGCUACAAACAUGAUACAUGUAUGAUACUGACUGGAUUUUUUAAAAAUAAUAUUUUUAUCUAAAGUGAACUGAUUUCCCACUGAUUGAUGUGUAUGAAAGAUUCAAAGAAGUGUGUUACAUUCAAAUAACGUUUUUGUUAAAUGUAACUCAUAUAUUCAUGCUGCAUGAUUUUUUAUAAACCAUGUUUCUGUUGAAUGCAGGUACCUCAUAUAUUUUAAGUUGUAUGAUUAAGAAUAACGUAUUUCCAGUAUACUGAAUUCAAUUGCAUUUACUUUCCGUUGUAUAUUUUUUGCAAUAAUAAUAUUUAAACUUUUGUCUUUAUGUGGACUAUCUGAAUAAUUUUUAUCAUUGAUGAGAAGACUGUUUGUUAGAAUAAUAUGUUUGUGAGCCUCAAUGUUUUUAUGGAUGUUAAAGAGCCAAGCUAGUAAUAAAUUUCACCUUUUACAUA